AUGGAGUCGCCGAAAGAUGAGGCCCCCGAGAAAGUGGAGGCGGAAGCCACGAACGAGGAAGAAAAGGGGGAAGCAAAAAAUGAGAAAAAAUCGGGAAAUCCAAAGAAAAACAAAAGGAAAAAUUCUAUGAGGAAAGCCAAAAAAAAGGCAUCUCUAUCUUCCAAGAAUGGGCAAAGGAAUUACAAAAAAAUGCAAAAGAGCAAUCCUGCCAGUAGCCCCAAUUCAUUGCCCAUCUGUCCUCCACCCCCCCCUCCUCCUCCACCACCUCCUUCUAUGAUGAGAGGCGGGGAGGACAGCUAUAAAUUCGGAAACAACUCCAACAUGGGAUUCUUAAACAUAUGCUCAAUGCCUGGAGGCUCUGGUGGCGGGAUGGGGAAUUCCAUGUCGGGCUCGAUCCCCCCCCCAAAUCAUCAAAUGAUGAAUCCAUCCAGUUACCAUCACAGUAUGAGCAUGGGUCCCCCUGGCACUGGACUCUUACCUCCUAUGAACCCCAGAAAUGUUUCACACAAUCCAAACAUAAACAUAAAAACGGAAAACGUCAAUCUGAGUUCCAUGUCUAAUUGCAAUAUGAACAUGAAUUCCAAUUUUCAGUCAAACGUGUACUAUAGCAAUACGUCCAAAAAAAAAUAUAAAGUGAAUAACGUAAUGGAAAAUGACGCCUAUGUGUCAGGUCCUACGUUGAGACCAGCCCCUUAUCACCAAAACAGCAAUGCUAUGAGCAUUCAUGUAGAAAAAAGGAACAUGUUGAUGUCUAAUAGUUAUAUGCACCAAAGUGGGGAGUAUUCCUAUAUGCAAAUGCAACACCAUCAUAGUGGCAGCCCGAAAAAAAAACGCCCCCAUCCGAGCAUGAAGAAGAAUUACGCAAAUAUGUCUCUUUCUGCCAAUCCAAAUUAUUAUGUAUACAAGCCCCCGGGAGAAGCGGCUCUAUCCAAGGUUCCCACAAACGAUUAUGGCGAUGAUAAGCUAAUGUACGCGAGUUAUCCUAACUCCAUUGAAGAUAACAAUAUGCCCAAAUAUUAUGAGCCCAGGUCGUAUGGCAGUGAUCCAAACAUCAAUAUGUGGGGAGGCACCAUGGGCGCGUCCAUGUCCAAUGUCCCAUAUGAUAACAGCUUAGCGAAUAUGAAGUACCCCAUGUAUGACCAAGGUUCAGAAAAAAUGAAGUUCAAGUACAGGGACAAAAUGGCCAGAAUGUCCAACCAGUCCUUUGACAGCAAGCCGCACAACAUAAUCGUCACGAAUAUCCCGAAAAACCUAAGUUCCGGGGAAAUUUUGGAAACCUUCAGGUUCAUGGGGAAUAUUCUUCGAGCAGACAUUAUGCUGACCAGCACGGGCGAGCACUCAGGCUGCGCAUGCUUAACCUUUCCGGAUUUCGAAUCAGCCUCCUUCGCAGCUAGUAAUAAAUUAAGAAAGAACGACUGCCGUUAUGAUGGUGGCAUGCUGAACAACCAGAAAAUAAAGAUGUUUGUAGAAUAA